AUGCAUCGCAAGUACUAUUGUCUCGCUGCCUUCUCGGGCGUUGUGGGCGGCGUUGCGGGCAUCGUCACGGCGUCGCAACGCCCAGAUCCCUCCACGUCCAAGCUGCUUGGUGGUGCCAUUUGUUUCGUCGCACUCGUCGGCAGCGCGGUGCUGUGCAGCGGAAUCACGGGUGACAAGCCUGUUCCCACCAUCACGCGCGAUGAAUUUGCAGCACUCUUAAAGGCGCUGCCUGGGGACGUCUCCACAAACCUGCUGCAGCUGGCUGCGCCUUGCGAACCCGUCAUUGCUGCCUUGCACAAGCUACGCCUUGGCCUGCUCAUCUACGUCCAGCACCUCGACGACGCCGCUACGCCCAAGGGAUUUUUUUACCAGCUCCUCGGCUUCAUCGACGGCUUCAUGCGCUUCUGUCCACGCAACGGCGCCAAACUCAUCGGCGCCAUCACGACGCAGUCGCUCAACGCCCGCGACGGCUACGAAAAGGCGUCCCGGGAAGUCUACUUUUGGUGCGUGUCGGCCUUGCCGCUGCUCGACUCGUUCAUCGACGCCUUGCAGCACGAACACACGGACGACGCGCAGACGCUCCUGCUUGCCGUCUACGAAAACGGCGCCACGAUCAUGCGCACGGUCGCAUUGGCGCUCGCCACCACGGAGAAGCAACUGACCGGCGCCAAGGCCAACGUCAUUGCUUUGAGCAGCACGUGCUUGGCCACGGACAGCUCCGAGACGCCGGUCAAGAGCGCGCCCGCGACGAAACGCUUGACCGCACCGGACGCUACGACGGCCCGCGCAGUGUCCCUCGUGCAGUUCGACAACCUCGUGGCUUUGGCUGAAGCCAAGACACUGCCGCCGGUGAUGGAGGCUUCGUCGACGCUGGCGACGUUGCUUCUCGGGCUCGCGCACCAGAUCGAGUCAAUGGUCCAAGCCAUCCGGUCGGACUGGCAGCAACUCGCGCAGACCAACGUCAUCCACGAGAUCGAGAGCGAGAUGCGCCAGCCCAAGCUUCUCCAGCUGCUCGACGAGGCGACGAUCGAGGCGUACAUCACAUCGGCCAAGGCGCUCAAGGCGGCGUGCAACCAGUUCAUGGAGCAUCAUCGCAUCUAA